UUUGAUAGCGGACGUGCGUUUCCUCUUUUCGCACCGUAAAUUUUCCGUAAAAAUUUCCUGUUUUCGCUUAGAAAAAAGAUGGUUAUGUAUGCCGUAUCGUAUUUCAGGAAUGAUAGCGUUGUUUUGACGUUAAUAAUCGAAGUUAUAGAUAAAUGCUUUAGCUUUAAGUGUUGAGAAAAAUAAACAAUAAAUUAUAAUACUCGCAAAAAUUGUAUGUAUCCUGUAACAGUGUUCGAAUUUUGAAAAUGUUUGUUGUUUUCCAAUUGACCCAUGAAACAGGCAGAGAUCGAUGAUCAUACAGCCUGACCAAUCGUACAGAAAGAUAAAUUGUGAUUUAAAAAAAAAUAUUGAUGGAGUGUUGUGCUGUGCGUGAUUUGAUCGAAUCUGUGAUCUGAAAUUUGAGCAUGCCGAACACAACGGGUAGCAGCUUCCAGUGGGACAAGCUGUCACCCGCCGAAUUCCAGCAGCUUCAGGAACUCACUUCAUAUUCGAGCAGAAAAUUAGAAGAUGUUCUCAAGCAGCUGGCAGAAGUUAAAAAACAGAAUCCAGAUGGAGACAUCGACUUUGAGGGCUUUCGCUGGUUUUUGGACACUUUCCUGGAGGUUACCACUCCUGAUGAAUUAUCCAGGCACCUCUUCCUGUCCUUCGUGCGGAGGGACAAGCGGCCUGCGCUGCGGGAGAUGGCCGCCGCCAGCUCUACCACCGCCUGCGCCGCUGUCACCUCGCACGCUGACCACCAGGGCAAACUGAGCUUCGCUUCAAAGAUCCACGGUCUGGCCGAGAGACUGCAGCAACUGGGUAAAAGUUCAGGAGACUCUGUGGAUGGCAGUGACAAAGGUUCUAGAAGCAGAACUGGUAGCGUUCACCCGAUGUUCUCAGUGACCACGCAUCCAUCAUACUCCGCGCACGAGCUGUGUCUGGGGCGCCUGGAGACCAGCCCCAGCCACAGCCAGAUGUCGCGCAACUCCAGCCGGAAGAGCAGCAACUCCUUGAGGGUCAACCAGUCUACCAAAAUAGAAGAUUAUAAACACCUAAUAGCUGGGCGCCGUCCAUCCACAAUAGAAGUCCACACAGCAAGAGUUUCCCUCAAAGAUAUCGUUUGCUAUCUCUCGCUUCUAGAAGCAGGCAGACCAGAAGAUAAGCUAGAAUUCAUGUUCCGUCUAUAUGACACGGACGGGAACGGAGUGCUGGACACCAACGAAAUGGACUGCAUCGUGAACCAGAUGAUGACUGUAGCGGAGUAUUUAGGGUGGGAGACUUCGGAACUCAGACCGAUUUUACAAGACAUGAUGGUAGAGAUAGAUUAUGACGCGGAUGGAACUGUCUCGCUCGACGAAUGGAAAAGAGGCGGCAUGACAACAAUCCCGCUGCUGGUAUUACUUGGGCUGGACACCAACGUGAAAGAGGACGGCGAGCACGCGUGGCGGCUGAAGCACUUCAACCGUCCGGCCUACUGCAACCUGUGCUUGAAUAUGCUCGUCGGCUUGGGGAAGAAGGGACUCUGUUGUAUAUUUUGCAAGUUCACCGUGCACGAGCGCUGCGUACAACGCGCGCCCGCGUCCUGCAUCGCCACCUACUCCAAGUCAAGGCGCGCGCCCGCCACGCUAGCCCACCAUUGGGUGGAAGGAAACUGCCAUGGAAAAUGUGCGCGAUGUCGGAAAAAGAUCAAAGGGUACAACGGUAUCACCGGCCUGCACUGUCGCUGGUGUCAUAUCACUCUGCACAACCGCUGCGUGGGCAGCGCGGGCGGCGCCUGCACGCUGGGGCGGCACGCCCAGCACAUCCUGCCGCCCACCACCAUCCGCCCGCUGGUGCUCGACCGACAGCGCUCUCUGCCGCACCGGAACAACACUGAACAGCAAAACAUACCAAUCUCAAUCUCUUUACCGAUCUCAAUGUCCACUGCAUCAGAGGAAAGGAAAGAAGAGAAGAGAGAACACAGAGCUCCACCGAUCUCUUUCCAAAUCACUCCACUCGAAGACACUUGUCCUUUACUAGUAUUCAUAAACCCGAAAUCUGGUGGAAGGCAGGGCUCUAGAGUUUUGAGGAAGCUCCAGUACAUCUUGAACCCGAGACAAGUUCACGAUAUAGCCAAAGGUGGACCUAUGCCAGGUUUACAAAUGUUCAAGGACGUAAAAAACUACAGGGUCAUUUGCUGCGGUGGUGAUGGCACCGUCGGCUGGGUUUUGGAGACCAUGGAUAAAAUAGAGACAGAAAACCGGCCCGCGGUCGGUGUUAUACCUCUAGGGACUGGCAACGAUUUGGCGAGGUGCCUGCGGUGGGGUGGAGGGUACGAGGGGGAAUCGAUCCAUAAGAUCUUGGACAAAAUAGCGCGCGCCAGUACUGUGAUGAUGGACCGGUGGCAGAUCCACGUCGAGAACACCAAUGAUGAGUGCGAGUGCGUACAAAUGCCCGACUCGGCGCCGCACCCCACGUCUGUCCCCUACAAUAUAAUCAACAAUUACUUCUCGGUCGGCGUUGACGCAGCAAUCUGUGUGAAGUUCCACACAGAGAGGGAACGCAACCCGGACAAGUUCAGCUCGCGCAUGAAGAACAAGCUGUGGUACUUCGAGUUCGCCACCUCGGAGCAGUUCGCCGCCAGCUGCAAGAACCUCCACGAGAACAUUGAUAUCGUGUGCGACGGCUCAUCACUAGAGCUGUCGAAGGGCGUAGCCCUACAAGGCGUAGCGCUGCUCAACAUUCCGUACGCGCACGGCGGCUCCAACCUGUGGGGUGCAAGCGGGGCGCACCGCCGGGGGCGCUUCCCUAACGCGCAGCAAGAUAUAGGAGACAAGUUAAUAGAAGUGAUCGGUUUGGAAAACUGUCUGCACAUGGGUCAAGUUCGCACAGGUCUCCGCGCAUCUGGGCGACGGUUAGCUCAAUGCAGCUCCAUCACCAUCACCACCAAGCGCACAUUCCCCAUGCAGAUCGAUGGGGAACCUUGGAUGCAGCCGCCGUGCAAGAUCUCUAUAACCCACAAGAACCAAGUACCAAUGCUGAUGGGUCCAGCGCCAGAAAAGGGUCGCAGCUUCUUCAAACUGUUCACCCACUGUUAAGUCUCGCUCACUCAUUCCAAUAUAAUUCGUUACAGGUCAGAAAGAGACAUUGACACUGUGACGUCAUCGAUCAAUGUUAAUACGUUGUUUGUAGUAAUUGUUAUUUAUGUGUGUGUAUUUGUAUGUGAUACCUUGAAACCUUCACAGAAUCCGUUUAUACGCCAAUGUUAUGAAGAAUUUAAAUUCUUCAAUAUCAAGGACAAAAGUAUCUAAUGAAUUCUGAAUGAAUGUUUACAUAGCGAUUCUCUUUCUGAAAUCGCUAUAUCGCUUUGAAAAUUAAAAACUAUAUACUCUAUGUAUAUAGUUUUUAAUUAGGGUAGUUGACAUCAAAACUAUACUUUUUCGUACAGUAAUGGAAUAUAUGUCCGCAAUAUAUAUAUCCGAUAUUAAUUAUUAAAAGUUAAAAAUUUCAUAGAAAACUUGAUAUAAAAAUUAUUAUGUUUUAACUAACUUAUUACAUCUUUUUUACCCUCAAAUUAUUAUAUAUUUAAAAAAAAAUCCAAAGUUAAAACAAUAUCGUCCAUUUUGUGACGUCACGAUGUCACUAAAUGAAUAAACGUCAAACUAAUUAAUAACGAUUAAUUUAGUCAAAGACUUAGGUUUAGUGUUAACGUGACGUCAUGAAACAGAUAAAAUAUAGACCAUCAUGGCGUUUUGGCUCGUACUGUCAAAAAUAUUUAAAAAUUAAAAUUUUCAUAAGUUCAUGUCUCAAAAGAUAUUUUAAUCUAAUAAAACGUUAAUGAACAAUUUAAGGCCUUUUAAAAAAGUGUCAACUAGCCUAUUGACGACAGUAUUAUAUGUAUAGGUUUACGACAAUGUGAUCUGUCAUAACGAAUGACGUCAUUUCCAUGCGUUCCUAAAAAAGUAAUAGCGGCGGCUACAGUAUUUGCGCUAGAACUAGUCAAUACGUUUAGCUACAUUCAAGUAGAGACUGAAUCGCCGGACAAAUAAAAAAAAAUUGAGGGCAUCCCUUAAAAUAUAGUGCAAAUAUUGGAAUUACUCAAUUUGAUGCUUGCAAUUUUUUUUAAUAAUAAUAGUUUUCACACAUGCGUUUUAUUUACAAACACAUAGAUUUAUAGUUUUUUUUUAAUUUGCCGGCCGUUUUCAGUCUGUACUUUUAUUAGCCAAACUUUACCGCCAUGUUUAAUUCUGCUGCCAAACACUGUUAAGUAAUGGUCUGCAGAAUAUGGUUGAGAUUGUAAUUACAGGUCUCAGACCAAUUAUUGUAUAGGACCUGCCUCGCUAUACGUUACUUUUCUGUCAAAGUAUAUGAUCAACGAUCUAAUGCGAUUAUAGAAACUGUCUCUAUAGUAUUGAUGUUAAAUAGUUGUAAUCGUGUUCGUCGUUUAAAGAGCUCCGUAAAAAUACCCUUUUGUGUAAUUGAAUUGUGUAAAACGGGCAAAAACUUCUAGUUUAGUAUAAGAUAUAUACCAAAUCUAAGCUCGUUUUCUUCAGAAAAUGACAGACAAUUUUGUUCGUGACUAUGAGUGUAUAAUUGGUCUGAGUUACAGGUAUAUUUGGCAUAGUCUCAAAUCAAAAUAUAUCAUCAAUAGAUAGAAUCAAAAUAGUUAUGGUUAUACUUAUAUCGUUAAAGGACAGUCUCAGACGAAUUUUUUUUAACAUCUACGGAGAUAUACGGAGCAAUUUGUAAGGUUUCGCGGUAUCUCUUGUAUGUUAAAUAUAAAAUACUUAUACUAUACGUAGUAGAUUUUAUUUGCUAAUUUUUUUUUUAUUUUAUUGAUACCUAGGUGCACUAGGUACUUGUUAUUUUUCUUAGAAAAAAGUUUCUGUAUAGUAAGUGAAAAUUUUAUUGUAAAAAAAACAUAAAAAGACUAUUAUAUACUAACAAAAUACUAAAUAGAUAGCUUUUAAGACAGUAUUUUGUGCUUUUAACUCAUUUAGCUUCGAAAAUGAACCAAAUAUAUUGACACGUCCAUUUUUGCGAAAUUAUACGAUAAAUUUUAGGAAUUUACACGCGAGAUUUAGGCAUUUUGCGCGUUAAAAUAGAUGUUAUCAUUAGAAAUAAGCCUAAAUUAUUAGUUGGAGUUUACUUCCUACAAAUGCGGAUUUACAUAUUAUAGCCCGUAAUACACAAAUUAGGUAAAAUAAUAAAAUUAAACAUACGAAAAGUAAAAUCUAAAAGUAAGUAAGACUAGGCUUCAGAGCAUAGGCCCACCAUGCUGCUUCAAUUCAGGUUGCCGGGCUUAGUAUAAAAAUGUUUGUUAAUGAUAGUGACUGGGACCAAAGGCUUAACACGCUCUUCUAGGCACGAGGGUGUAAUACUACUAACUCCGAAUAAAAAAUAAAAGAGAAACCCAAAUUGUACGGAUAUAGUUGAAAAUUGGAUAUAAAUAAUUAAGAUUAAGACAAUUAAGGAGAACUCAUGAGGCCAAUUUUCAAAGAAAUCUAUAUUUUCUAAUCAGUUAAAUUACUUUUUACAGGUGGGCAAUAAUUCGUAUUCCUUUUGCAUGAAAUUCAUUGCAUUAUCAAUGUCAAAUUGACAGGCGACAGUUCUAAUAAGGAUUUGACACUUAAAUUUAGUCAAAAUAGAGUAUUAUCAUGUAAAUCCCUAGGAAAACUGUUAGUUUGAUAAUAGAACACUUGACAUGCCAAUGACAUCUUAUUCAUUGAUUGACAUUGACAUUGACAGCCCGCGUUUGCAAAGGCAACUGACAAUUAGUGAAAUACGCAUCAAAUAGGAUAUACAAAUCACUACGAUAUGCGUUCGCAAAGCUAGAUCGGUGUGAAAAUAAUGAAAUCAGCUUUUUUUUCCCUGUUGGCAAAUAUUAUUUCGGCUAAUGGAGUAAUCUAGUAAAAUAUAUAAGAUUAUUGGUACAUUUUUCACAUCUCUAUCGUUCUGAAAAGUAGGCUCAAUUUCGGACAUCUUCUUUACAAAAAAAAUAAGCGCAAUAUGUGGUGAUUUUUUUUUAAUUUAAUAUUGUAUAAGUAUUUAAUUUAAUAAUGAAGCUAAGUACACUCGUAGGUCGGGCCAAACUUUGAUUGACUGAUAUUGCAACACUAUGCGCAGCUAUCAUAGUUUGGCUAAUAAAAGUAAAGACUAAAAUCGCCCAGCAAAUUAAAAAAAAAAUCGGAGAGUGUUCCUAGAAUUAUAGUGCAAAUAUUGAAAUAACUCAGUUUGAUACUUACAGGUUCUUUUUUUAAUUUUCACGCAUGCGUUUUGGACUAAUUUUUUUUUAAAAGAUAUUUUUAUUCGCUGGGCGAUUUUAGUCUCUAUUUGUAGAAGCCAAGCUUUAUUAUCUCUGCUGGGAUUUGUUUCCGUUUCCUGUUUAACUACACACCUCAAGUUCACAGGAGGGCUACUGGUUCGAUCUCUCGCGCGAUCUGUAAUUAUUAUAUAGAUGUUAUAUCCCUAACUUGCAGUAAUUCAAUGAAAAAUGUAAUUCGUUAAUUUAAAUUACUACAAAUAAAUAAGACUCAAAGCAUUGCAUAAUCUAGAUAUUAUGUUGGUACAGCAACAUAUUUUACAACAAUCAUUUGUAAGAAGUAAACUCCAAUAGCUGACAAACUCGUUUAUAAUUUUCUAGUCUGUCACUUCUGAUUCUUAUUAACUCUAGAAUAUUCUAGACAACCGCCUUGCAUUUAGAUCACAUCACAUUUUACAAAUAUUUUUCUUAUACCAAUGUAUAAAAAAGAGAAUAAUAACUAUUGAGAACCUCCUCCUUUUUCUAUUUUUAUUAUGCCCGCUGUAAUAUUUUUGUAACUCUAUGGUAAAUUUAUCCUGAUUGAGAAUUUAACGGUUUCACUUCUGAUAGAUUAUAAUAUACCGAAAAAUAACACGUUAAAUUGUAGGUAAUCAGUAUUUUUAGUUCAGAAUAUAUCACGAGUGAGAAUUUAAACUUACGUAUUUUACAAUCUAACAGUGACAUAUAUAAAGUUAACAUGCGUCCACUAAUCGAACGUCGAACCGAUUUUAUUUACUGUAAAAUUAAAAAUCCAUUUGGUGCGAUACGUCUGAUACAUACAAUGCAAAUACUCGUAAGUGGACGCCUACUUUAAUACACCUAUGAAUGUUUGCCGCAUAAAUAAAUUAUUCUGGAGAUUUGGAAGUUUCUUUUGAAAAGUCUCUUGUGUACUUAUGUAUGAUAGAAAUAUUUUUUUUUAUUUUCUUGCAAAUAAUGAAUAAUUGAAAUUAAAAGUACCUACGUUUAAUAAGCGAAAUGUUUAAAUAUUUAUAAUUUUCAUUUAUUUUUGUCCCUCAAUAGAUUUUAUUCAUACACAGACGAAUAAAAUAGUGUUGUAUUUCACAGAACAAAAAUAUCGAAUUUUUGAAUACUUAUUUUUAUACUUUUACCAAUGUGUAAAAAAUACUUUUAAAUAAAGUAAAUUUGUUUACUAUUGUAUUACUUGUCGUAUAUUUUAUUUAUAUAAGUAAUUUUUAUUUUUAACUCAUUAGAUGACGGGUUUUAAUGAAUAUAAUUGUUUUAAUAAUUACUUAUUAUUAGCUUUUACUGUUAAACUACUCGUAUUGUUAUGAUUACUAAGCUAAGUAUGUGUUAAUAUAUUAAAUAUAAAACUAUAAUUUUAAGUGUUUACGUAUAGAAUUAUUACGUCUAGAAACGCAGUCGGCGCACACGAUGAAAGCAUAGACAAACUUGUUUUUUUUUACUUUAAAUAAAAAUAUAACUCUUAUAAAAUGUUAAAUAAAUAAUAAUACACAUACACGUUUCAUAACCUCCCCAAUUUUAUUAUACAUUUGACGAAUUACUAGCAAAAAAUACUUCUCAAAGUUCAAUUAAAAUGAACUACAAAGAACAAACAUACAAAUAUAUAGGUAAUAAUUUCCGUUUUAAAUUACAUUUUUUAAGGAAAGUUUAAAACAACUUGAUGAUUUAAAAAGCUGCCCGAUAUAGCCUAAUUACAAUAUAUGCGUAUAAUACAAAAUUGGUCCAAAAAUAGAUUGUUGUUUUAUUCCUUAAACGUUAAAAUAUGAAUAAACUAGUCUAACUUAGAUUCCUAUUCAGAACCUGUACUUCGGACUAUAUCAAACGGGUUACAGAAAGCCUCUGGAUGCAAGCUGCUCAAGACCGUGGCCCUUGAAAGUUCUUACAAAGACCUAUGUCCAGCAGUGGACGUCCAUCGGCUGACAAUCAAAUGAUGUAAUUUGGGGGCCAAUUUUGAAUUGGGCCUGGGCCCUUAUUAUAAAAAAGAGUAUUAUAAGACUAAACGUAAUCCAUUAAAGGUUAACGGCGUUUCUUUUGAUGAGUUUGCUUAAUGUUUGCGACUGCAUUUCUACGUAUAACAAUUCUAUGUAAUUAAUAAUUAUGUAUGUUGAACAUAUUAUUGAGAAAAUAAAAUAGUUGUGAUAUGUGUACCUACCUAAUAUUGACGUCCCGCUUCACCGGCCAUUUUUUGCAAUUUUUUUCUUGUAAGUACUUACUAAUAUUGCUAGGUUCAUCCCGUUAGGGUUUGUAAAAAUACAUGUCUUAUCUGUACUGUGGCAACGAUCUCUUUUAAAACGCUGUACUUACUUACUAUUUUGUGUUUCAAAGUACUUUUUUGUGUUUCAAAAAAACUUCAAACUAAAUUAAAUAUGUGUAGUUAGUAGUCGGACGGUAGCAUUGAGGUAAGGAGAAAUAUGCUGUUUCCUACAAAUAUUAUCAAUUUUUUUUGUUAUAAAAGUGAAAACUCAUCACAAUUCACGAAAUAUCAAAAAAAUAAUUUCAUGCGUCUUCGAGUAAUCGUUGUACAUACAUAAAAAAUACAUACCGAUCAACUUCAGAACCUCCUCCUUUUGAACUCGGUUAAAAACCGCUUGGUGUACAAGUAUGAAAUUUGAGAGGGAAUUCGUAUGUAUGUUUAUGUAUUGUAGAGGGGAGGUAUCAGUAAGAGGGUAUUUGAUGACUUGAGCUCAGUUAUGUAGACACCGUCACGCUGCCAGUUGCGUUAGUUAUUUUGUGCAAUAACGUUUUGUGUUGUAAUUAUUGAUAGUGUUUUGUAUAGUAAUUAUUGUUUAUCAUAAAUUGUUUAAUGUGUAACCCCUUUUACUAAAUUGACGCCACUAAUUUAACGCAUUUUGACGAAAACAAAAUACACAGACUAAUCUCCUUACCUCGAGUUUCUAUUAUAGGUAAAUAUUUUAUAUUAUUGAAAAAUAUGUAUACUUUAUAUUAAGAAUGAAUGUAUAUACAUGAUUUUUUUAUUGAGAAAUAAUACAAUAUGGACCUUUUAGCUCACCUACCCUCAUAACAAAUCAUGUAGAAUGGUAACAAGAAUAGGUACUGGCUUCCGCACAUUUGGGCAGCCAGUGGAUUUAUUUAAUGAAUUAUUUUUUUUACAAUAAAUUUUAUAAUACGAGUUACAAUAUAUAAUAAUAAUAAUUAUUUCAGGAUACAUAAGUAAUACCAUUUUGUAUCCCAAAAUAAUAAUCUAGUAGGUAAUUAUUGUAACUCGAGGAGGUAUACAUAUUUUUCAGAAAUUAGAAUUUUUUGCAUUCUUCUACAAUUUAAUUUAACUCAAAAUGAAAUUACUAAAAUUUGUUCGUUACAAAAAUCCAACUGUCUCAAUUAUUAUUAUCGUCAUAUUUUUUAUUAUUAAAAUGAUCUGUUAUUAUUUGUAUUGUUAAUAAAUAAGAAUUUAGCGUCGCGGUGAAACAAUUGAAAUCUGUGCCAGCUUUAAUAGUGUCUAAGAGAAUAUUUAUUGUUGUAGGUACAAGUAAUUAUUAUUAUUAUUGUAUUACAAUACAAUUAUUAUUAUUAUUGUAAACGAAUAUAUGUGCAUUUGAAAAUUAUUGUUGUGUUUUUAAUCUU